GUUGUUUUUCCUUCGUGGCCGCACCAUCUCCGCCUGCCAGACAGAAGCUUCGCAGCUAAUUAUAGAGCGCCUGCUCGCUACACUGUGCUAUGCUCGAUGCCGGCGCUGGCGCCUGCGCCGAAACCGCACCACAGGAGCAAACUCUGACGACGGCCGCUCCCCGCGCACAGCGCGGCGGCCACCGGCGGCACCGGACGGGCGCGGCAGGCGACCAUGCACGGCCGCCGCCGCUCGGGCUGGCACGGCUGCUCAAUCUGCACCCGCACGAUGCAAGGGGGCUCGAGGGUGAGGACUAGGACGGAGGAGGAGGAGGAGGAGGAGGAGGAGGAGGAGGAAGCGUCAAUCUGCACCCGCACGCUGUCGGCGGGCACUCUGAGAACGCCAAGGCUGGCCAGGCUUGGGGUGCCAUGCGCUGCACAGGGGAAGGGAGCGAGGGAGGCAAGGCCGCACGACUGGAGCGAGGGGGAAUCCCACCGGCCCUCUGGGCGUCGGUGGUUUCGCGAGUUCUGCUUCAUCGCUGCCGAAUUUCCGAAAACAUGUCCUGACUCGUUCAGGCCGUGCAAGCCGCUACGAAAGCGUGGUCAUAGAGCACCGGUCGAAGCAUCAUCAUCUUCAAGCAAACCAGAACCUUUGAAGAAUCCCUGGGCUUCGAAAUUCCGCAACUGCGCCAUGAAGUUCUCGUUGGGCUGCGCCAUCUGACGGCACCUUUGAAUCUCACUCAAGACGAGGUCCACUGGAUCCACCUCAUCCGUUUCCACAUGAGUCCCAGUCUGAUGAUCAAGCCGUCUAGAACGAUUAAAGAGCGCGAGUAAGUAACCCACGCAGAGCGUUGUAGAUCUGGAUCUGCCUUGCGCACAGUGCACGAGGACACUGAAGCCGCUUCUUAGUGUCCGAUGAAUGUAGCGGAUGGCUUCUCUGAAGGUGGAGCCUCCCUCCUGAAAAGACUCCGAACCAUCAGCCUCAAUCAACUGCUGUGUCUCUGAGUCAACCCACGGGCAUUCGAAGAGAGAAAUUCCUAGCUUGUCUUGAGCGGCUCGCACAGCUGAUGGGUAUUUCACAAAAAAAGAGCCCAAGUCUCUCGCAGUGUUAAUGAUUGUCUUCACCCCGUUGCGCUCGAGGUAGGCUAGAUUGAAGACGCAGCGGAAGCCGCCAAGCAAUAGUUUGCCCGAUGACGGUGGUAGCCCACCACCCGAUAUUGACAUGAUCGCUGGAGUGAGAUCGCUGGCCUCUUUAUCGCAAGCGUAUUCGAUUGCCUCCAAAAGAUGUUGGUCGGAUUUUACAGCGUACCGGUGAUACCGCACCAUCUUGACCCCAUCUUCACCCAUGUCUCUCUUGAAGCGAUUCGGCCGAAACACCGGGUUCGGAUGGCUGCCCUCAAAGGUGAGCUGCGAGCCGGCUGUGACGCCGUGGCCCUCGCGCCCUGCCUCGACCAUCCCCCGGGACAGCUCCCGCAGGCGAGCGUGCAGGGCCUCCACCGCGGGGGCCGCCGUGGCCAGGUCCGCCAGCCGGGGGUCGGCCAGGACGUCGGACCGGUAGGCCUCGAAGGCGGGGUCCCGCGCCCGCGAGGGGGCCGCCAUGCGCCCUGCGGGCCCCCCGCGGGCGGGCGGCGGCGGCGCGAGCGGGGCCCGCCGCGGGGGCGCCGCGGUCGCCGGGGGCCUCGCGCCCACUGCCGCCUGGCCCUGCCCCGACGAGGACGCCCGCCCGACCUCUCCAGCGGAGGCACCCUGGGCCAAAAUGGCU